GAGAUAUGCACAUGGUUCCGUACAAAUCUGUGUCUGUUUUAUCACAAAGACAACAAUUUCUCAUUUCUUUCCGCAAAUAAAUGGAAAAAGUGAUGCUUGUUAUGAGUAGAAACGAAAUUGUGUCAGUUUGAUAUAUUUUGCUUCGGAACAACGUCAAACUGUGUGUUUGUGCUUAAUUUACAAAACUGUGCAUACAAAUUCAGAUGACCCGCAUAUCUAAUGAGCACCGACAACGAUGAGAACUGAAAAAACAAGCGACUCAAAUUAAGAUCACACAUUAGAGUAGACUCAGUCAAUUGGACGGACGACAGUCGGCAAGCCUACUAACUAGAGUUGAACCUUAUAGCUCUGUCGAUGGCGUGAGGAAAUGUGGAAAUGUGGAAACGUGUUUUAGGUGGAAAUUGUGUGAAUUAUACUCCCAAAUAGAGUGCCAUCGGAAGUUUUAUUGGAGUGCAUUUCGAUGAGUGAUCGGUUUUAUUUUCAGGUGAAUUGCCUCGAUAAGAAAGUGAAAAGUUUGUAGUGCAGAAUCCAAGGGAGCGAAAAAAUACCAUUUCGGAAGAAUAGUGGAGUAAUGUUGAUAAUGUGGCAAAAAUACCCUUAGAAAUAGCUUAAGAAGUUUGGGUAUAUGAACAAGUGAACGUUUCGUAAGUGAAUCGAGGAGGUGUGUAGUGUUUUAGUGCUCGCCUACCCUCCCCUCCUCUUUUUGUGAAAAAUGGAUAUAAAGGAGCUUAAAGGAGCGAAAAUCACACACGCGGGUCUUUUGCAGCAUAACAACGAUGGCUCCACCGAAACGCAAAAGAUCACGCAUGCGGGUUUGCUGGCGCGCAGCCCUGAAGGUACAGCUGCCAAAGGUAUGAACAUACGUGGAAACGAGGAUCUGUGGGUGGAAAUUCAAGCCAACACAUUUCGUAAUUGGGUGAACGAGCAUCUUCGUGGUACUGGCAUGCAGGUGCAUGACUGGAGCACGGACUUUUGCGAUGGCACUCAUCUUUGCGCGUUGGUUGAAAGCUUGCAAACGCGUCCAUUGAAGCCAUCAUGGAACAGACGGCCCGGAAACCAGCAUCAUUAUCUGGAGAACGCCACAACCGCGUUGAAUGCAAUCGAGGCUGACCACAUUAAGCUGGUUAACAUUGGAAAUGUGGAUAUCGUCAAUGGGAACGUAAAACUGAUCCUUGGAUUAAUUUGGUCACUGAUUGUCAGGUAUCAGAUAGGUCGAAGUAAGUUUCCGCCCAGGAAACUUAUGUUGGCAUGGCUCCAAGCUGCUUUGCCAGAAUGCAAAAUCACCAAUCUCACCACGGAUUGGAACAGUGGCGUGAAUCUUUCCGCCCUGCUCGAUUAUUGUCAACCAGGUCUGUUCUCCCACUGGAAGAACUUAGACCCAAGCCAAAGUGUCAGAAAUUGUACGAAUGCCAUGGAUAUUGCUCAACGUGAAUUUGGAAUUCCCAAAGUUCUGGAGCCUGAAUAUUUAGCUUCACCAUGGCUAGAUGAGUUGUCUGGCAUGACCUAUUUAUCGUACUUCAUGAAACCCGGAGGUCCUGGAUACAAUGCCACCAUGCGCUGGGUCAAUACUCAAGUCCAUCAUCCUGUGAAGAAUUUCACAACAGAUUGGAAUGAUGGCAAAGUGUUUUGCGAAAUUAUCAAAAAUUUAGGAGGUCCUGCUCCGGCUCCGGAAAAGCUUAGUACCGACCCUUUCCAUUAUGAAAACAACAUACGAAAAGCUGUCGAAGCUGGUGAAAAGUUAGGGGUGAAACCCGUUCUGAGCCCAAAAGAUAUGGCCAAUCCUGAUGUUGAGCAUUUGGGAAUAAUGGCCUAUGCUGCUCAUCUGCAGUGGAUUCCACCACGACCACCGCUUUCUGAUUUAGUUGCGAUUCAUUUGCAAAGCUCAUCUGGACGCGUUGGAGAAGAAACUUACUUCAGAGUUGAAGUUCUCUCUCGUGAAGUUGACAUCAGUCAAGUGAGAACUUUCGUAGUGCCGCCAUCCGGAGUUCCACACUCCGUCCGUUUGAAUAAGCAUGGAGAAGGUUCUUUCAUCCCAGAUAAAUAUGGGAUGCACGAAAUCGUAGUAGAAAUAGAUGAUGACAAAUUAGGUGGUCAUUUCUUCCGUGUCCUACCACGAUUCCUACAAGUGGCCCCACCUGGCAUGGCUCCAUGUGCGCUGGGAAGUCUUGUCGAAGUACUAGUUAACGCCACUGGUGCUCCAAAGACGGAAGAUAUUUUGGUUACCGCCUACAGUCCUUCUGGACGUUCCCAUAAAUGUCCAAUUAAAAAAGGCGAAGAAGGACAUAGUGCCAUAUUCAAACCAGAUGAAGCUGGAAUUUGGGAAAUUGCAAUUACCUACCAAGGUCGACAUAUACAAGGAGGGCCAUUUACUUGUGCUGUGUUUGACCCGAAUGGAGUUUCAGUUCAUGGAUUGGACGGAGCCAUGCCGUUACGGGCACAUUCGUUUGAAGUUGAUGCGAGGGGAGUAGGAGUCUCAGGAGAACUGCAUGUUGAUAUUGUGCACGACAAACGCUCGUUAGUUUGUUCGGUGGAGAAAAUUGUUGAAAAUAAAUAUCGUGUGACAUUCAUGCCAAGACAAAAUGGAAAGUAUCGCGUGUAUGUAUACUUCAAUGGAUAUGAUGUCAAAGGAUCACCAUUUAUCAUGAGAGUGGGCACUAAGGGGAGAUCAGGAAAAACAAGAAGCAGCCCGCAUCACGAGAAUAAGCACCGUUCUGAGAGUCCAUCUAUGUUAUAUGCAAGUUCGACAACAACUCGACACAAUGAUUUCAGAUCGGCGAAAAAGGAUCUUCUUCAUCAAGAAACUAGUAAGCAACGAUCCUACUCUCCGCAGUAUUCUCCCAAAAAUGAUGAUGAUAGAUACAAAGCUACGAGUAUGUAUUCGCCAAAACGCGAUGCCGAGGUUUAUUCACCACGACUUUCGUCGCCUGCUCGUGAGUAUUCAUCUAAAUCUUCCACCGACAUUUACUCGAGCACUUUGAAAAAGGAAUCCAAAAAACAAGCUGAGUUGAAGAACGAUUACUACUACGACAAGGAAAAUGAACUUUACUCAAGAAAGCGUGAUCGUGACUUAACUUUAAGUCCUCCCAGAGAAGAUCGCUACAAUAGCUCAACAUAUGUCUCUUCAAGUUACGCCGCAAAACAAAGAGGAUCUAGUAGUCCUGUAUCAAGCCCAGUUCAUGUUCGAGCGAGCUCAGUGUCCCGCAAUAGUCCAAUUACAAUAAAAUCCACAAGCCAUUUCGAAAGUACCAGCUCCAGAAACCUCACUUCCAGCCCAAAAACGGUGUCAGCAUCUCCAGUUCAACGAUCAUAUACAGGAUCUCCCAGCAAUUAUAUCACAGCAUCAACCCAUCGCAUUGGCAGUCCAAUUACAGUUAACAGAACUUCUUCAGCAGGAGUCUUCGAAAAUGUUCGUCAUGUUGAAAAGUCUACAAGCUACAAAACGUCUUCCAACUACUUAUCGGAUAGCAAUAUCCGAUCCAGUCCACUUACUACUGGUGGUCGAAGAACGGUGAGUCCUGAUCCUGUAGAUCAUUCUUCGAAUGUUCGCGUCUCGUCGAUAAAGCCCGCCGCUUCUCGGCGAGAUAGCUGGGAUGUAAUCAAUAAAACCAAGCAUAUGUUCUCACAUAAUUCUUUGGAGUCACUGGCGAAUAUGACCGAAAGUCAGUUGAAUACAGAUCUAUCGUAUGUUCGUCCAGACGUUGACAAUGAAACACAAAGGAAUACGCAUUAUAACAAAUUCUCAUUGAGCGAGUCACGGCAGCGUUCAGACCGCCGUGGUUCAGAUGAUUCGGAUAAAUAUAGACCCAGUGCCAUUACAGUAAAAAACUCAGAAAAUUCAUAUAACGCUAGAGGGAAUUACACAACCACAAUAAAGGAGACUAGUGAGCGAUACGUUACUAAUGAAAGAGGUGGUGGGGAUUACAGUUACUCGACUCGAUUUCGUCCGAUAGCUGAUAAUGUAACAGGAGCUAAAGCUAUUCGCGUUCAAGACAUUCCGAAUGGUGUUCUGGGCAGACCAGUCGAGUUCGAGAUAGAUGGAUCCCGAGCAGGGUCUGGAAAUUUGGAGAUUUUAGUGAAUGGUGGUAGAGUCACCUCUUCAGUGCGAUCGUUGGGCGGUCAACGGUUUAUAGCCAGCUUUACAUCACACGAGCCGGGAACGCAUACAGUUCAAAUAACAUUCAAUGGUGAAGUUGUUGAAGGAUCACCUUGGCACGUCGAUAUAAUGUCUUCGCCAGGCCUAACCCCUUUAGGGGAUUCAACACGUCUAGUACCAGCUAACACACCGGCGGUUUUUGAGAUACUGCCGCCUCCUGGAUCAAGCCUCAGCCGAGGCGAUUGCCUAGCAACAGUCCUGUCUCCCAGCAAGACUAAAGUUAACGCUAGAGUCACCCAUGAGGCGGCAAAUGGUGCGAUGCGUAUUGAAUUCGUACCAACCGAAGUUGGAACGCAUGUAAUCGAAGCUUCAAUAAGUGGUAACAAGUUAGCUGGCGGCCCACUAGUGGCUAAAGUUUACGACGCCAGCUUGAUACAAGUGACUGAUGUUAAUGGCGGCGUAGUUGGGCAACCAUGCCAAUUCAGAGUUGAUGCAAGUGCGGCUGGCGAAGGACAAUUGGAAAUAUCAAUCAAUGAAGGCGAAGUACCAAAUCACGUUCAAGUUGUGGGAGGCGGUCGUUGUUUGGUCUCCUUCACCCCAGAACAAGCUAAGCCCCAUCUGAUCGAUAUCAAAUUUAAUGGGGAGACAGUACGAGGAUGCCCCUUUGUUUGUUCUGUAGCAGAUACAAGUCGUGUGAUGUUGAAUUUGUCGAAUCUAGAAUUGAUUGCACUUAAUCGACCCGCCUCCUUCCAUAUAACAGUGAGUGGGGGUGGUGCAGCCGAGCUCGCUGUUAGUGUACGUGGCCCGCACGGUGAAUUACCGGUACGCGUAACAGGAGACAUUCACGCCGGAUUUACUGCCGAAUUCACACCAACUAGUGUCGGUGGACACACAAUUAAUGUUGAAUACAAUGGAUAUCCUGUGCAAGGAACUCCAUUCCUGGCUAAGGCAUACGAUGCUGGCAAAGUUGUAGUGGGAAGUGUAUCUCGAGGAACAGUUGGUCGUCCGGUACAAUUUACCGUCGAUGCUGGUGACGCUGGCGAGGGAAAUUUGGAAAUAACGAUUGCUGCCAAGGGUCACAAUAUACCAACGCAAGUACAUCCGCAAGGAAAUGCAAGGUUCUCCGUUUCGUUUGUCCCUGCUGAAGCGUGUGAACAUAUAAUAAAUGUGUCAUUUAAUAAAAUGCCGGUACCUGGCUGUCCGAUUUCGGUUAAUAUUAGUGGUGGAACGUCGGGGCCGCAAGUGUCCCUUGGCGGUCCCGGUCCUGUACACCAAGCUAAUUCGUUUACAAUUAAUCAUCCAAGUGGUCGACUUGAAGACAUUGAAGUGAAUGUUGAAGGUCCAUCAGGACAAUCGGUACCCGCCCAAGUGCAUCAAACGGCGGAGGGAGUUUUUAAGGCUGAAUUCGUACCAAGGUCUGUUGGAGAGCAUCGCGUUAAUGUUUUAGUGAAAAGUCAGCCAACCGCCGGGAGCCCGUACGCCGCCAAGGUUUACGACGUGGACGCUAUCAAGGUGAAAAAUGUGAGCAAUGGAACUGUUGGUAAGCCCGUAACAUUCCUCGUUGAAACUUCACAAGCUGGACCAGGGAAUUUGGAAGUCACUGUUAACGGUGGUCGUGUACCGACUUCAGCACAAGCACAAGGACAGCAUACAUACGCUAUUAGCUUCACACCCCGCGAAGCUCAAAAUCAUACGGUAGAGCUACGCUUCAAUGGUCAAGACGUCCCCGGGAGCCCGUUCACUUGCAGAGUCUCAGCGGCUGCCCGAGUAGUUGCAGCUGAUUCAAUGGAUAAGGUUAGCGUUGGUCGAGUAUUUGAAUUCAUGGUAGACUCCGAUGUAAGCCCACUGGUGGAGGUUUUGGGUCCGGCGAGAAGAAGUGUUCCGACCAAAAUUGAAUCUACCGAUAAUGGAUAUAAGGUGAAAUUUGAACCCUUGGAUGUUGGAGAUCAUUCUGUAGAAGUCAGAGUGCCUCAGGGAGGACAUGUAGAAGGAAGCCCUUUCUUGUUGAAAGCAUAUUCAGCAGAAAAGGUUAUUGUUACGGAUAUUAGACCUGGCGUGGUUGGAAAAAGUGUUAGUUUUGGUAUUAACGCUAGCCAGGCUGGAGCCGGGAACCUGGAGAUUAUAGUGGCAGUUAAUGGAAAGAAUGUUCCGAAUUUCGUACAGUCGGAAGGAAAUGCAAGGUUUAAAGUUAACUUCAAACCCACAGAAGCAGCAACUCAUUCAUUGUCGGUACGCUUCAACGGUCAUCCAGUCCCGGGAUCACCUUUUGCUUGCCACAUUUCGCCAGCACCAAUUUCAUUGCCUAAAGCGGUCGCUACUGGAGAAGGACUGAAACAAGCUUCAGUCAAGAUGGACAAUACGUUCGAAUUGGAAGGUUUCGAGGGCAUUGAACCGCAAGUUUUUGCCACUUCCCCGUCUGGUGAUAAUGUUCCAGUUAAUUUGACACCAAGAGGCGAGAUGUAUAUCGCUUCGUUCCGACCCAGUGUGGUGGGAAGACACUUGAUUAGCGUAACGGCGAACGACCAACAUAUUGCAGGAUCGCCUUUCUCAUGUAACGUAUUUGACGUAUCGCGGGUAUCUAUAAGUGGCUUAGACCAAGCAGAAGGACCAACAGCCCUGGGGGUUCCAGUUACAUUCAGUGUAGACGCUGCUGGUGCCGGUGAAGGAACACUUGAGUUAGUAGUAUCUACAGAAACGAGUACGGUAAAAGCUGAAGUAGUUGCUUGCGCACGUGGUUUGUACGAUGUAACAUUUAUCCCGCAAUCUUGCGAACCCCAUUUUGUAAAUAUCACCUUCAACGACGUACCUGUAGACGGAAGUCCUUUCCGUGUAGAAGUCAAUCAGAAUACACAAUAUCUACAGAUUGGAAGCGCUGCGACUAUAGAACUUGCAUCCGAAGAUCAGAUGGUUGAAGUGGUUGGUCCUGACCACAAACCCGUUGCUUAUACACUUCAACAGAAUGUUGCCGAAUUCCGAACACACUCUAUCGGAAAUUACAUUAUUCGUUUCAUCGACCGAGAAACACGCCACCAUAUUACAACGAGGACCAUAAGUGUGUUUGAUCCAACCCUUGUCAAGAUCGCUGAGGUUAGUGAAGCCUUAUGUCACAGACCAGCCACUAUAGCUGUAGCUAUCGAUGAUGCUGGCCAAGGCAAUUUGACUGCUCUGGUACGAUGUGGUCCAGUCGAGGUACCACAUUCGAUACGCGGGCCAUCGAAGAAUGGUGUUUAUGAAAUCGUAUACCAUCCAACUAGGGUGGCACCGCAUAAGAUCGCUAUAAUGUACAAUGGCGUACCCAUAUCGACAAAGUCACUUGAGAUCAAUGUCCAACCACCAGGUACUGGGAAAGAGAUUACUGUAAGUGGAUUGGGUUUGUAUCAAGCAAGGGUUGGGAAAACAACUUCGUUUUCAAUCGAUACGAACGGUCGUCCCGCUAGAGAAUUUGACGUAGUUGUUUCAGGGCCUGGAGGAGAAGCGUUGCCUGUGCGAUGCUAUCAAACGAAGGGAGGUCAUUUACAGGCGGAAUUUACCAUCAACAAAGUCGGACAGUGUUUGAUAGAGGUACUGCAUCAGUCUAAACCGCUGCCAGGAAGUCCGUUUACAUGUGAGUCUUUCAACACGGAGAAAGCUGUUCUGCAAGGAGUACCUAAGGGUCAACUAGCACAACAUAGCCCAAUUUCAAUGAUCCUUAAGGCUGACCAAGCUGGAACUGCUGAAUUGGAAGCAUUUGUCCUAUCACCAAUCGGGCAAAACAUUCCAGUUCGAGUUAGUGAGCAAUCUGAAGGUCAAAGCGUUAUUGAAUUCACACCAAACAUGUCAGGCCAUUACAAAACAGUGAUCUUCUACGGGGGUGAACCUGUACCAGGAACACCUUUAUCUUUCUCUGUAACGAAAGCGGGAAGUAAAUCUGAUGCAAGAGCCGCAGGCAACGGUUUAGAAAUUUGCCAUCGAGGAAAGGAAACUUCAUUUGUUGUGUAUUGCCCAACUAUGCCAAAUGUUCAAAUUGAAAGAAUGGAUGAAUAUGGCGAGAGAAUCGAACCAAGAAUAAAGCUUCUUGGCAACAACGAAUGGAAAGUCUCAUAUACUAUUCUCUCGUCAGGAAAAUAUGAAAUUCGUGCAAGCUGUCCAAACCGUGGCCCAUUACCAGGAUCCCCAUGGAGCAUCUCUUGCGUUGAUGCUAACAAAGUGACACCAGUUGGCGGCUGGGGAACUCUCCUAGAUCACGAAGGUCGAUUGAUCUUGCCAGCAAGAAUUAUGUUUGAUGUAUCCCAGGCUGGCCCAGGAGAAUUGGUUUGUACCGUUGACGGAAGAGAGAUUACAGUUGAUAAGCACGGAGACGGCAAAGCACGUCUAUUUCUCAGUGCAGAUAAUUUGACUCCCGGAGAGCAUGACUUUGAUCUAACAUGGAGUGGGGUGUCAGUUAUAAACUGCCCAAGAAGCGCAUAUGUAACAGCCCAGCAAGCAGCAGACAAGGUAGUUCUAACUGGUCGUGGCUUGGCCGCUGCUCAAGCUGGUGAAGCUGCCCACUUUACGAUUGAUGCAUCCGACGCGCCAGCUGGCCGACCAGAGGUGAUGCUCACUCAUCAAGAUGGAACUGUUGUACCUGUCAGUUUAUCCCAGCCGCGUCCCAAUGAAUCACUUUGGCUUGCGUCGUAUACUCCACAGCGUUCUUCUUCAGGACCACUGAAUCUGAUUGUUAAAUGGAAUGGAAGAAUGGUAAAGGGAUGCCCUCUGACGGUCGCCGUUGGAUCUUCUGUAGAUGCUUCGAAGGUAAUCUGUUCAGGUGAAGGUCUUCGUCACGGCAUAGUCGGUAAAGAAAUCAAAUCGUGGAUUGACACUCGAAGAGCUGGACCUGGAGAGUUGACUGCUCAUUGUGCUGGUCCUAGAAAAGUUGCCUACUGUGAACUUUAUGAUCACGGAGAUGCAACGUUUACAUUGAAUAUUAAGCCACAGGAGCCUGGAAGGCAUUUACUUACCAUAAAAUAUGGUGGGCAACAUGUACCUGGAUCGCCGUUUGCACUGAAGAUUGCCGGUGCCCCAGAUGCAAGCAAGGUGAGAGUAUAUGGACCUGGUAUUGAACAUGGUGUUUUGGCUACAUUCCAAUCUCGAUUCAUUUGCGAUACUCGAGGGGCUGGAGCCGGUCAAUUGACUGUUCGGGUUCGAGGACCUAAAGGUGCAUUCCGAGUGGAAAUGCAACGCGAAAGCCAAAAGGAUAGAACGAUUUUGUGCAAGUAUGAUCCAACCGAACCGGGAGACUAUCGGGUUGAAGUUAAGUGGGCUGGAGAAUUUGUUCCGGGAUCACCGUUCCCUGUUAUGAUAUUCGACACCGAGGAAGAACUGAGGAGGUAUCUGCAAGGACUUUAAACAAUUAGACCACGUAGUACAGAGAAUAGCAUGCAGAAAAUAAUGUCGAAAAUUGAUAAGACAGACUUAGUGCCUUUGCAUUAGACACAAUUUUUCUACUUUACAAAUGCAAAUAUUCUGUUUUUGUUUCGUUAUGCUUCUAUAUAAUAACAUUAUUUUUCGAAUAUUUAUACAACGAAUUAAAGAGUGUAACAAGAAUAAUGGACUUAUGUGUAUGUUUGAUGUUUUAAUCAUUUUUAUUAUUUUUAAUAUUAUUAUUAAAUCGAAUAAAUAAUUCAAAAAUA